AAAUACGAAUCGUGCGCAUGUCUAACUUACUUAGCAGCAGGUGAUUUACACGCUUGCUUUUUUUACUAAUUGUUAAUCUUCCUGUUUUAAACAUUAAAACAUUGCAAGAAAUUAAUAAUGGGGUGGGGAUUUUAUACAUGCGGCCCCAACGAAGCUCUCGUUGUUUCAGGUUGCUGCUACAGAAGGCCUCAUGUGGUACCUGGCGGUCGCGUUUGGGUCUGGCCGUGUGUUCAGUUAGUUCAGAAAAUAUCCCUGAAUACAAUGACGCUACAAAUCGAUAGUCCAAAGGUGUAUACGAGCCAAGGGGUGCCCAUUUCAGUCUCGGGCGUCGCUCAAGUCAAAAUCCAGGGGCAAAAUAAGGACAUGCUCCUAGCCGCAUGUGAGCAAUUUUUGGGGAAAAAGGAGUCGGAGGUGCAACAUAUUGCUUUGGCUACGCUCGAAGGCUAUCAAAGGGCUAUUAUGGGCUCGAUGACCGUGGAAGAAAUUUAUAAAGACAGAAAGAAGUUCAGUAGACAGGUUUUUGAAGUUGCCUCUUCAGACUUGGUUAAUAUGGGUAUUACAGUUGUUUCGUACACACUUAAGGAUAUCAGUGAUGAUACGGGGUAUUUACUCAGUUUGGGCAUGGCUCGAACUGCUGAAGUAAAACGCGACGCCAGAAUUGGCGAGGCGGAGGCACGCGCCGAGGCCACCAUCAAAGAAGCGCUCGCCGAAGAACAGCGCAUGGCUUCCGUAUUGCAUAACGACACGCUUAUCGCAAAGGCCAAGCGCGAUUACGAACUGAAAAAAGCCGCGUACGAUUUGGAGGUGCACACCCAACGAGCGACAGCCGAGUUGGCCUACGACCUACAGGCCGCCAAGACAAAGCAGCGCAUUCGUGAGGAAGAAAUGCAGAUCAAAGUUGUGGAGCGCACGCAGCAAAUUGCCAUACAAGAGCAGGAAACUUCCAGACGUCUUCAAGAGCUGGAGUCGACCAUCAGACGUCCGGCGGAAGCCGAAAAAUAUCGUCUGGAAAAAAUUGCAGAGGCCAAUUGUAAGCGCGUGGUUUUAGAGGCGGAGGCGGAAGCUGAGGCGCUACGGUUGAAGGGGGAGGCGGAGGCGUUCGCCAUCGAAGCUAAAGCUAAGGCCGAGGCAGAGCAAAUGGCUAAGAAGGCCGAAGCCUGGAAGGAGUACAAACGAGCCGCAAUGGUGGAUAUGUUUAUGGAUAUUUUACCGCAAGUCGUUGCCGAAGUGUCUGCUCCUCUUUCUCAAGCAAAUAAGAUCACUAUGGUAUCUACUGGGCAGGGAGAAAUAGGUGCCGCCAAGUUAACCAGUGAGGUGUUAACCAUGGUCGCAGGAAUUCCACAAGUAGUGAAGGCUAUGACCGGAGUUGAUUUAGUACAAAAUUUGCAAUCAAUCCGCUCUGUUUAAGAUGUUUCUGCCUUUCAUUUUUCCUAUGGACUAUGGUGUUAGAUACGUACCUACAGUAUGCUCCUUUUAGUAUGUUGUUUAGAAUGUGUUCAUUGUAUUUUAGAUCUUAUUCUUCUCAAAUAAUGGGUACUCAUAUUUCUACAUUUUUACGCAAAAGAUUGUAAUCAUUUUGGUAAUUGUUCAUUUAUGUUAACGUUUUAAAAUAUAUUUUUUGCAAUUAA